AUGUCUACACUACCACCACUCAAGUCGUUCUCCCUCACACACAUCCUCUACGAUCCCGCACACCCACUCUCCAUCCCCCUCACACUCCUCUCCCUCUCCCCCAUCUUUCUCUUCGUCUCCUACUUUACGCUCCUCAUCUUCACUCGACGCUUGACAAUAGCGCUCCUUGCAGGUGGACAGCUGAUCAAUGAAGUCCUUUCCUGGGUGCUGAAGAGGAUAGUCAAAGAGGGAAGGCCGUAUACGGGCCAUGGAGAAUUGAGCACGGGGUAUGCGUGGCCGUCAAGCCAUGCGCAGGCUGCUGGAUUUCUGGUUGCGUGGGGUUUGGGAUAUGCCUGGACCAUGGACAAGAGAAGCACAAAGCUGCGGAGUCAUUCAUCGGAGACGAUUAGAAGGUGGAGGACUGGGACAUACGUGCUUGGACUGAUUGUCUGGUCUGUAGGCGUCUCCUACUCCAGGUAUCACUUGCAUUACCACUCUCCCUCCCAAAUCGUCGCCGGAUACCUCGUCGGCAAUGGUUACGGUGCAUUGCACUUUCUUUUGUCCGAGUAUUAUCCACUGUACCACUCCACGUCGCUUCUGGCGAGAUUGCGCCGUGGUGUAGAGUAUGUCUGGGAAGGCGUCGGUGGUGUGGGAGGAUGGAAUCUAGGAGAUGCUGAAGGCGGAUGGGGGGAGGGUUGGAUGCUGGCUGAAGAAGCGGACAAGAAAAGGACAUGA